AUGAAGCCAGCAGAGAUCAGAUCCUCUUUACAGAGACCUCUACAGCACAGAGAUCCACACAUGGCUCCUACAAUCACUGCAGCAAGGACCAGUUCUCAGGAGCCCCUGCCUCUGACCCACAAGCUCAGGAAGCCUCUGGUGGAGAAGUUACGCAGAGAGAGAAUCAACAGCAGCAUUGAGCAGCUCAAGUCUCUCCUGGAUCCAGAGUUCCUCAAACAGCAGCCAGACUCCAAGCUGGAGAAAGCAGACAUCCUGGAGAUGACCGUUUGUGUCCUGAGACGACUGCAGCAGCAGAAUCAUCAAGCUGUGGACUCAGCAGCUGUUGGACAGGGCUACUCCAGAUGUGUCCAAGAGGUGACCCACUUCCUGUGUGAGGAGCAGGUGAAGACACAGUCCCAGAGAAGACUGCUGAACCACUUCAACAAGCUGCAGUCUUCCUGUGAGAAGAACCUGAGAGACGCUGACUUCUCUCCUCUGAGCUCCUCAGUCCAGACCAGCAUCAGCAAAGACAAGAGUCCAGUGAGCAGCGCCCCCUGGAGGCCGUGGUAGACUCCUACAGGCUGGAGCUGCUACCAGACUGAGGGGACCACGUUGGUCAAAGAUGACUCUUCUCAAUUCUACAAUGUUGUGAAUUUGUUCUUCUGGUUGUACAGAAGUAGUUUUGUCUCUUUUCUUUGAGGAAGAUGAUGUUUCUUGAGGAAAUGACAUCACGUUUAUCUUUCAAGUUGAGAAAGAGGACUUCUUGUCAUGCAUGUUGCAUGAACCUAAUCUGAUUGCAUCAGCAAUAAUUAUUAUACCUCACUGUGCUUCAUGUGUUGGUGGAGUGGUGAAAGGUAUGGAUACCAAUGGUAUCUUUCAGUUGUUAUUGAUCAUUUUGAUCAGAAACUUUCACACUUCUCUUUGACAAAUGUUAAAGGACUUUUAUCUCUUUUAUAACUGCAAAAUGAUCUGUUGUUAGAUCCUAAUGUAAAUCUUUUGUUUUUCUAAAACAUUUACUUAAUGUCAAAAUUGUUCUGUGAUACUUAUAUUCUUUAAGGCUUUUAAU